GUCAUCCAUGAUGAGGUUAGCGAGACAGAAAGUAUUCGCAAAAACCUCGCGAUCGAACGGAUGAUUUCUGAGGGCUGCGACAUCCUUCUUGAUGCCAGUCAGGUCUUUGUUCGACAAGGUACGCUUGCCCAGGUGACAGUAGGCAAGUCAAACUGCCCCUGCCCUCGAAUACCACAAAUCGGCUCCAUUUCACCGGAGCAUAAAGAACGCCUUCGACAGGUCCUCCUCUUCACAAAUUACCUUUUAAUAACGACCCGGACAGGCAAUGGUAGACUGCGACUGGCGAAACCUGACGUGGAUGCUGAGGAUUCCAUUGCACAACGAUAUCGGGAAUCCUAUCGUGCCAUUUUAGCCUACAAUUUCAGUUGGCAGGAUGGAAACUGUUAG